AGAUUAAUGAGGCGGAGCAACACUGACUGACCUUUGCUGUCAUAUGCCAGUAAGAAGUUUAUUUAAGUUGAGGAUGUCAAGUGGUAAGCGUAGAGUUGUUGUCACAGGUCUGGGUGCUGUUUGCUCUCUUGGUAAUGAUAUACGGUCAGUUUGGAAAAAGAUUCUUGAUGGAAAAUGUGGAAUUACCCAUGUUAAGAGCCCAGCUUUUGAGAACGUUCCUGUUAAAAUAGCUGCACCCGUGUCAAAGGAUUCAGGAUUUGUUUCUGAGGAAUGGCUUUCAAAACUGAAGGAAAAGAGAGUCGAUACACCAGAGGUUUUAUAUUCAUUUGCUGCCUCAAGUCGGGCGUUAGAAGAUGCAAAACACGAGAACAUUCAAGCGAAAGAAUCUGCAGGGGUGUGUAUUGGAAGCAGUAUAUUGGCAAUAAAUGAAGUUCUUGCGGAAACCAAAGUAAUUUCUGAAAAGGGACCCCGGAGGAUUAGUUCAUUUGUCAUCCCCAAGGUUUUAUUAAAUACACCAGCUGCAAUUGUUAGUAUGCAGUAUGGUUUUCAGGGACCAAAUCUAGCCCCUUCAACAGCUUGUUCUGCAGGGGCUCACGCUAUUGGUGAAGCAUUUAGAUUGAUAAGAAAUGGUGAUACAGAUGUUAUGGUUACGGGAGGUACGGAUGCAGCUCUCAUCUCAUUCAUAGUCGCUGCAUUUUCAAGAAUUAAAGCUUUGACAACAAAAUUCAAUAAUAAUCCGGAAGAAGCAUCAAGGCCGUUUGAUAAAUUAAGAUCAGGAUUUGUUAUGGCAGACGGAGCUGCAACAUUAAUUCUUGAGGAAUAUAACCAUGCCAAAGCCAGAAAUGCUCCUAUGUAUGCUGAAAUUCUAGGUUAUGGAUUGUCAGGGGAUGCCUAUCAUUUGACGUCACCGCCCGAUGAUGCCCGAGGUGCAAUACGUUCAAUGCGGUCAGCGUUACGUGAUGCGAACCUAACACCAGAGGAUAUUUGUUAUGUCAAUGCUCAUGCGACAUCCACUCCCGUUGGUGACGCAGUUGAAAACUAUGCAAUAAAAAAGGUUUUUAACGAUCAUGCAAGAAAUAUUAAAGUGUCUUCAACCAAAGGUUCAACUGGUCAUUUGCUUGGCGCAGCUGGAGCUCUUGAAGCAGUCUUCACAACUUUGGCUGUACACGAGGGUGUAGCACCACCGACAUUAAACUUACACGAGGUAUCUUCAAAAUCUGAGUUUAAUUUAAAUUACGUGCCCAACAAAUGCGAAGAAUUGGUAGUUGAUAAAGGUAAACAACGUAUUGCAUUGUCUAAUUCAUUUGGCUUUGGAGGAACUAAUGCUUGUCUUUGUAUUGGUGAAGUGCAAUGAUGUGUGCAAACAAUGGCAGUGGCUAUUUCAGUGUCAACACUUUCUACAAUGCAUUUCCAUUGACAUAGUAUUGCGCAUGCCUGCAGCGUAGAUCUUGACGGUUUUGUUAUCGAAAAUAUUGUGCUAAAAUCUCGUACAGAUAAUCUCGUACAGAUAAUCUCGUACAGAUAAUCUUUUCAGGCAUACUUGCUCUUAAUAUCAGGAUACACUGUUAUAUCUAUUGGGAAAUCGUUCGCUACACAUUAAAUACAGUAUAAUAUAGUUCAAACUAAUCAUUUUAGAACAGGAACAAUGCAUUAAAACUGUAAUCCUGAUUAGAGAUGGAUGCUCUAAAACAGUAAAAUUCAUAUAACGUCUAUAUCUAUAUUAUUAAUGCCAUAAUACAACAUUUAAAGUUAUUCUUCAUAUGGUAAUAAUGGGUACUAUAAGAAAUUGUGGAUCAAAGAAAGUGAAGAAGUUCGUUAUAUUUCAUCGUAAUUACAUUAUUGAUUGACAUAAUUGU